UCUCUGUCAGUCCACCCGCUCUCUCACGUGUUUUCUGUGUAUAAAAGGGUCCCAGUCUCGGCUCAUUAUGUCCAGUGUGUCACCAGAUAAACGGCGAAAAAUGGAGUCAGCGCUGAGCCAGCUGAAGAAACACACUGUGGUCGUGGCAGACACCGGAGAUUUUAACGCCAUUGAUGAGUACAAGCCUCAAGAUGCCACUACUAACCCGUCUCUUAUCCUGGCCGCUGCUAAGAUGCCAGCCUACCAGCACCUGUUGGAUCAGGCCAUUAAAUACGGCAUCGCCAAAGGCGGAACUGAAGAUGAGCAGGUAGCCAACACCAUGGACAAGCUGUUUGUGAGUUUUGGGCUAGAGAUCCUCAAGAAGGUCCCAGGCAGAGUCUCUACUGAAGUGGAUGCCAGACUGUCCUUUGAUAAAGACGAAAUGGUUGCCAAGGCCCUGAGGAUCAUCGCUCUCUACAAAGAAGCCGGCAUCAACAAGGAGCGUGUGCUCAUCAAGCUGUCUUCAACAUGGGAGGGAAUCCAGGCUGGGAAGGAGCUUGAGGAGAAGCACGGUGUUCACUGCAACAUGACUUUGCUGUUCUCUUUUGCUCAGGCUGUGGCCUGUGCAGAAGCAAAGGUAACACUUAUAUCACCCUUUGUUGGACGCAUCCUCGACUGGUACAAGGAAAACACAGAACGCAAAAGCUACGAGCCACAUGAGGACCCAGGUGUGCUGAGUGUGACCAAAAUUUACAACUACUACAAGAAGUUUGGCUACAGCACUGUGGUAAUGGGCGCAUCCUUCAGAAACACGGGGCAAGUGAAAGCCCUGGCAGGCUGUGAUCUGCUCACCAUCUCCCCUGGGCUGCUCGCAGAGCUCAGCCAGGACCAUAGCUCUGUCACAGAGAUGCUCAAUGUGGAAAAAGCCAAGGUCUGUGAUCUGGAGAAGAUCCAUCUGGAUGAGAAGGCCUUCCGCUGGCAGCACAACGAGGACCGCAUGGGUGUGGAGAAACUGUCUGACGGCAUCCGCAAGUUCGCUGCUGAUGCCAUCAAGCUGGAGACCAUGAUCAAAGAGAAAAUGCUCAAUGUGAAAAACAGCCAGUAAUGGACAGAUGUGGCGUCUCCGCAUUAACAGGAAGUAUAAGGAGGCUGCCUUCUUUGUCCCUAACUACCUGAAAGAAGGUCCUUUCCUCUCCGUAUUUGACCAAACUCCAGGGACCUUCCUCCUGAAUGGACACCUUUCCUGUUAGGCUGGGACUGACUCGGUUUUAUGAGCAAACAUAAAUGGUUAUUAAAGCUCGUGUGGAGUGGUUGUAAAAUAGUCUUACAAUUUACUAGAAAUUUGACCAGAAAGCAAAACUUUGCAAAAGAAAUGUCUUUAUGAGACUUAGUCUUGUUGAGUAAUAUCAUGUGACUACUAGAAAGGACUGUGAGCACUUUUUGGCAGUAAAGGACCACAAUUUUGCUCUCAGCUCCAUUUGAACUGGGUUGAGGGCAGAACUUGAUAAAGACCAUUGUACCAUCAUUCCUCAGAAUAUACUUUUUUGUUUUUUUUAAUAUAUAUAUUUUUGGUUUUUUUCCCUUCUCUCAAUAAAUAAGUCUGUAAUUACA